CGAGCUAUGGCUCAGCCAGACCUUGAAUUAAAUUCUUUAAAAUACAUUACAACAGUAUUAAAAAUAUUAGGACUACUAUCCUGUUCUUUUGAGGCAAUUUUGAAAUUGAAAUCAAGCGAUCAAAUAUUUCCGAAAAAAAGGAUAGUGUAUUGCAUUACUUUUGGUAUAAUAUCUACUUUAAUAUCUAUUCAAGGGUUGCGAGACUGUCCCAGAAAAUACUCUACACCCUUAGCAAAAAUUACAACAAUAUUGCAAAGAUAUGGUUCAGUUUUAAUAAUUUCUCUAACUUAUGGCUUUAAUACUUUCUUUCGACACAAACUUUAUAACUCGAUAAAAAUUCUAUUAAAAGUCGAUGAAAUACUGAAUGCAAAGAAUAUGAAACCCAUAAAAAGUAAAACUAAGGUGUACUUUGUAUAUUUUGCGAGUACAAUACUUUUAGUUAGUACAAGUACAUUUCUUUUAAUUUAUGAAUCACAUGGUUUUAAUCGUAAAUGCAGUUUUCAAUAUCAUAUUUGCAACGUCGUAAUUACUACAACAGUGUGUUUCAUCAUGCUUUUGAUGUUAGAAAUAUGGAGAAGAUUAAUCAUUUUGAAUAAGUAUUUAACAAAUAUAAUAAAAAAAUCUUGGACUAAUGUUAGUCUAAUUUAUCGCGAGCUUGUAAAAAUCAGUGAAAUUCAUCUUGACUUGUGUCAAGCUGCAGAUUCUCUAAACCGAUAUUUUGAGGUCCAAAUUUUAACAAUUUUUGGAGUGUCUUUCUAUUUCUUUAUUUCAAUCUUUUUUUACUUUUUCACUGGAGAAAACAUAUUUACAACAUAUAAUAAAUUGUUUUUCAUAUACAAUGCUCUAAUAUUUAGAGCUUUAUUUCUCUUUUUUCAACUAUGGGGUACUGUUUAUACAUUGAGUGAAGUCGCAAAAGAGUCGAAAAAAAUAAUCGAAAUUGUGCAUACUAUGAAAAUAAACACUACAAAUUCAAACAUUCGUGUUUGGGUAUAA